GGUGAUUCGAAGAGUUGGAACCCCAGUACGCCAGGGCAUUGUUGGCUUGAUUUCUCGAACGUUGGCUAUACCGUCGGAUCAUGGUUCGUGGCUGCCGACUUUUCUUUCGCAAUACUGCCGUGGUUCGUUGUCUGGGAUCUCAACAUGAAGCAGAAGGAGAAGAUCACCGUCGCAUGUGGUUUGAGCCUUGGUAUUUUCGCCGGAAUUUGUGGCAUCGUCCGUACUGUCGCAUUAUCAGGCCUGAAUGCAUCUGAGUACAGCUGUACACGACACCGUCCCGAUGCUCAUCUGGUCUGCCACCGAAAGCUGCGUCACAAUUAUGUGCUCUUCAAUCCCCGUCCUCCGCCCUCUCUAUGUCCGCGUCCGCACGGAAAAGAUGGCAAGAGCGGUUCAUCUGGCAAUGCCGACUACAAAUUACCGAAGUACCGCAACCACAGUACUCGCAAAUACGGCAAACUUUCAAUCUCCGGCCCUGACCACUCGAACUGCGGAACCUACCCGAAAAUGGUCAUCUCGUACAACACGAGAAAUACCAGUGAUGAGACGAUCAUUCGCGAGCCGAAAGGUAUCGCUAGGACGGAUGAGAUAUCUGUAAGCUAUGAACAAUUUGGAAAGCUGGGCUAG